AUGGAGACCUCAACAAUCGUAUUCAUCAUACUGGGGAUAGUGCUCCUGAUCGCUGUUGUUGCAGUGGUUAUUGUUGUGAUUGUCUAUACUGGAAAGUCCGACGACGUUCCAGCAGUUCAAAGUACCGCUGGUGGCACAGUCGUUGGUGGUACUGCUAGUGGUGGUACAGCAGUUGGUGGUGAGGAGGAAUGCAUCGUCGUCGGCGUGAUUGUCUACACCCGAAAGCCCGAAGACGAUGCGAGUCCCGCAAGCCCAGCUGGCGGUGCGGUAGUUCCAGCAAGCUCGCCUGGUGGGUCCGUGGGUGGGCCUGUGGGCUCCGUAGUUCCAGCAAGCUCAGCUGGUGGCGGUGUCAGUCCCGCAAGCUCAGCUGGCGGCGGUGUCAGUCCCGCAAGCUCAGCUGGCGGGACCGUGGCUGGUGACGUGGCGUGCGACUGUUAG